UAAAAUUAUAAUUUCUAUCUGCCCUUAAAUGACCUAAAUACUCUCCACUCUCCACCUCUCCCUCUCCCACUUUCUCUCUUUCUCUCAUUGAAUUAUUUUGAUUUAUGCAUUAAUUACAAUUAAUUAGAUGAAACCAUAUUACUUAAUCAUUAUCUAUUUGAUCAGAUGAACUCUUUGAAUGUAAUCAUUAACAAUUUCUUAAGAAAUUAUAAUAAAUUUUAAUGGAACAUUUUUGGUAAGCUACAGUAAUAUGUUUUUAUCUUCUUUUUUUUUAUGUUUUAGUUAUUUUUGCUUUUUUUUUUCCACACUUUUACAGAUAAGGAAAAAUCUUGCAUCAGACAACAGUCAGCUCCGCAGUUCAGCUUGGGACGGCGCAUGACUGCCAAAUUUGGCUUAGGUACUUUUACGAAUUAUGUAUUUGCUGGAGGUGGAAAUCUACGAGAAUUUACCGAUGAAGAAAGCAAUUUUACUGAACUACUUCAAAAAGCAAUGGAUUUAGAAGGAGUUGAUAGAGACACAAUACAUCAACUUGUUGCUUUACUCAUGAAGUUUAUGGCAAAAAUAGAAGACGAAGAUAUUGCUGGUUACUGUUGUCCAGGUAAACCCCAGAGCAUUGUUCUCCGGCAUCUAAAUGUCUUGUUAGGAUAUAAUCAAACGGAACAAACCUUUAGUGUUCCACCAUAUAAACUGAGAUCCUCAGCUGUUUUUAAUGCUUUCAUCAGUGGAGUACCAUAUAUCCUAGAUCGGAAUUUUGCCCUUGGAAACAUGAUAUUACCAAUUACAUUAAUGGUCCUGAAAUACUCUCCCUCACCACAACGCUAUGCCAGUGACUAUCAACCUCCCAAUUAUACUUUGUGGUUCCUAGAACCAUGUGUGAGACAUUCUUGGCUAAUGGCUUUCCUAGUGGUCCUCUAUAAGUACCAAGUCAAUGCCAACAGUGCAACAACAGAAAUAGUUCAGAUUCUAAUAAGAAUCGUAAUCAACACAAUUGAAGCUCAACAUCACAAAUGUAAAAAAGGAGAAGAGGGUUUUACUCCACCAAUACCGCAGUUUCAUAGAAGUAGAGUGUUCAGCAACAAAUACCACUAUGUGUGCCUAACGCUACCCCCACAUUCAGAGUCUUGUGACCACACUGGAGACUUCAAGCAUAGUAUUGUACCACUGCGUGAUGUGAUUGAUGAUGCCACUGCUGGUACCACUACAACUACAUCAACUGCUACUAGUGCUAGUAGUAGUAGCACUGCUGCUACUGCUAAUACAGCUGCUGGUAGUGGUGAAGCAACAUCCUCUCCUACUACCGCAGUAGAGAAGAAGAUGGCCCAGCAAAUUCAGGAAUUCGAGCAGCAGAACGAAGUUCAAAAGCAUCCUGCAGCUGCCCCAACCCUGUCCAGUAGCACCACUACUGAUGGCAAUAGUGGCCGUGAUGGUACCACUACUUCAGAGUGGAGUCGUGACCAAGCACUGUCAGAAGUAGACAGCACUGAGGACAGUGAAAAGGGGCAGACAUCGGAUGCUGAAUCCGAGAAGCACCACACAGCAACUGAUUCAGGAGAUGCUGCAUUAGAUGAAAAUAAAGAAGAUUCUCAAGGCACGUUGUUUUCUCGAGACUUUCUAUUCAAACCAAAUUACAGACAACGCAAAGCCAGAAAAACUGGCCUUACUACUGUGGAACUUCAAAAGAUAUUUCCUGAGCUUUCAGAAAAUGCACCAUCUCAAGCCCUCGAAGGUUCUGGAAGAACCAGCCAAAGAACUCGUCGUAGUGAAUUACUAAGUAAAAGCCAACAAAAGAAAACUCAUCCGCGCCCACAAUUCAAUCGCUAUGGAGAUACAGUAAUGGUUGAUAGAUGUUCAGAAUGCCAUGUUAUACUGGAACAAUAUGAUGAAGAAACCAUUGGGCUGUGCAUUCUGGUAUUAUCAGCUUUUAUCUACAGGGAGCCAUCACUGGCAAUGCCCACAAUGCUGGACAGCCUCCAGUGUGUAGCAAAGAUUGCUUCUUCUAAUUCAUAUCCCUGGCAAGUUGACAGUACUUUAAUGGCACCUGGCAAUUGUGUAAGUAUUGCCAGACAAUUCCUGAGGUGUUGUUUACACCACCUUGCUCCAAAUGGAAUUUUUCCAGUACUUUUCCAAAGUAACUUAGAAGAUACAAACUUUUGGAAGACGAUGGCAUCUGCUCUUAUUGACUUUAAUGAACUCACAUGCCAUACACCGAUGCAGCUUCUUCUGGAGGGCUUAAACAACAAAAAAACACUUCCAUCUGAGAACAUCAUGCUACUUCUGAGUAAUUUGGCCACUUACCUAAACUGCAUCCCAUUGGAAACUUCCUCCCCACUAUGGCCUAACAUUCUCACUCAAUUUGAGAUUUUUUUCCGUCAUCUUCCUCUAGUUUUGCCAAAUCCAUGUGAUACUACUUCUAUUUUGCGCAUUAUGAUUUCUAUUUUAAAAAUCCCUGGAAUUACAAAUGUCCGGGGAAUCCUUGAACCGUUUUCAAAAGUGAUGAGUUUUACCAUCCAGAAUUGUUCAUUUAAACUUCAGCAGAUUAUCGACAUAUGUUCCCUGUGCAGCCGUACAAUGGGGAAAUUUGUUGUUCUGGAUGCUGGUGGUACAAUCUGCCCUUCAAACAUUGUAAACAAUGAUGUAUGUAUGUUAUUCAAGUCCCAAUCACAAAUGUUAACUAGUACCUGUGUAGCUGAUUGCAUGAAGCAAUACCUCAAUGACUGUGUAGAGUUCAUCUCAGACUUACACACCCUUACAAAAGUCAAGAGUAAUAUGAAAGGAGGUGCACUAAAUGAAGACACACUUGGUAGCCAGUUAAAGUCUGGCAUUGCACAGUACAUCGCACUGGAAAUUACCAAAAGCAAUGGCCGAGAAAACAAGGCCAUUGCACGCUACCUUCCUUGGCUUUAUCAUCCACCGUCAGCCAUGCAACAAGGACCAAAAGAAUUCAUAGAUUGUGUCAGUCAUAUUCGUUUAUUAAGUUGGAUCCUAAUUGGAUCUUUAACCCAUACAGCAGUUACUGAAGGAUCUGAAUCUAUGUACUGCCUCCCCAUACCAUUAGAUGCUGGCUCACACAUCGCUGAACACAUUAUGGUCAUUUUAACUGGUUUUGCAGACUAUUCUAAGACAUCAGUGCUACAUAUGUCCUCCUUAUUCCAUGCUUUUAUUUUAUGUCAAUUUGAAGCAAGCUUCAAGGACACAGAUUUAUAA